GGUUUGUUUUUGCUUCGGACUGAGGAAGAGAGAGGAUAAAAAAAGAAGCUGCCAUAACUAGGGUUUACAGAAAAGUUUUGGAACUAGCGUAGCCAAAGGACAUGGAAAUACCAGCCAUAAACUUAAAGGCUAUCGUCUUAGUCCACUGGCUUCUAACAAUAUGGGGUUUUAUGUACCCGUGGCUCCCUGUAUCUUACGCGUGGAGUAACGUCACCGUCCUAGCCAUUGGGGUUUGGGCCGUCGCUCAGAGGGACUCCAUCGACGCCGUGCUCCUGUUUUUGAUCGGAAUGUCGAUAACCAUCCUCACGGAUAUCAUCCACUUCGGGAUUUACUACAACAGCGGGCCGUCCCUUUUCCGGUUCUGCGCCGGCAUGGCGAUCCUGAGUCUCAUUCUCAAACCCGCGUCCUGCUUCUUCGUCUACCAGAUGUACCGCGAGAGGGGUGGAGAAUACGUCAACUUCGGUUUACCCAGCAUGGCUCAUAACAGAGACUGUUAUCAGUCGAUCGACCAGCAGAACUCGGGACAGGCCAACUCCCACUAUGCAGAGUUAGACGAGAGCAAGGCUGGACCCCAGGCGUACUGAGGAGGGGAGAGAGAGAGAGAGCGACAGUGAUACUGCCCUCCCAGUACCAAAGGAGGUGUAUAUCGCAUGAGGAAGACUCUACACAUACAGAGUUGUAUCUCUUAAGUGUAUUUUGCUAAAUGUUACAGGCUGUCUGUGUAUUUAUUUAGUUGUUUUUUUAUGUCACAUGCACCAAAAGUAAGAUAAAUAAGAUUUUCUUUUGAAUUCUAUUUGAACUGGAACAGAAGUUUAGUGAACCUGGCUGUAUCUUCUAUCCUGGCUGUUUUUUACAAGAUUAAAAUGGCACAUAUACACUAGUAAAAAUAUUUUUUAAAUGAAUAGUUCUGUAUCGCGUCUUAGUCCAGACUUGGAUUUCUCUUCCAACUGCACAGCAGUUUCCACCGUUCCAGGUUUUCCUGUGAGCUUCGUGAACCACAGUUUGUGGAUAACAAGCUCCUUAUGAAGCUCUUAGCAAAACCAGGAACGGAUCAAAUGCCCAUGCAAUGGGAGUCUUAUUUCCAGCCCUGGAUCAGCAACCCAAACACUUUCCCGGGAAGCUGUUUUCGCUUCUCCUGGCAGACCUGUGUGAUGCCUCCCUUCACAGUGUGUGAACCAGCAGAUCAAUAUCCUUUCCACAGAGGAGCCACAGCAGUACCGCGUCGACCUCCAAGGCAUCCCAUAUCGAAACCCUUUAGUGUGUUAGGAAAAGCAUGUGUUUCCAUAGGAACUGUGCUUGGCAGGGCCACGGGCGGUGCGGUACACUCUGUCAGGCUUAUCUUUGCAGGCUGCAGCAAAAACUCCUUCCUUACAGGAUGCAGCAGUGUACUCACAUGAAGGGUUGCUGAAAGUGCUGCUUGUUUCAUCUGCUGUGUUGCUUCUGUUUUGUGUGUGUGUUAACCUGUUUCGCUUGCCUUUACUACAAAAAGAAGAUAUUGUAAUAGACUCAGUUUGUACAUAGUUGUUGCACUUGUAAUGAGACCUGAAAGCACACCGUGCCGUUUGCCGCUUUCUUGCCUUUUCACAUCUGCCUUUGUGUUGCCGUAGUUGUUGCUGCUGCUUUUAGUGUUAUUUCUGUCUCUGUUUUUGAAGUGCUUUCAGGAAGGUGAUCUAUCAUCAUGCAGUUCUGCAACACGGCCCAUUGAUUUCUCAUUCAUUUCCACCGUCCAGGCAGGGAAACAACAUGCCAAGCGGUGUCCUCUUACAAUUUCACUUUCUCCAGUAGAGCACCACUGCGCAGGAACGGGAAAGUGCAGGCGUGUGGACGCUGGCAUUGUGCU